AUGCCAAAACCCCUGGUCCUCAGGUAUGCCCACAUCGGCAGUUCCAUCGACACGGGUGCCUCUGCGAAAAAGGAGAAGCUCCACUCCGCCAACGUGACGGCGAAGCGCAAAGACGAGAUCUUCAAGCGCAUUCGGCCCAUCACCUUGGUGCGGCUGCUGCAAGAGCGAGAGGUCUCCGAGUCCGUCUACGCCCUGGGCCCGGGCUGUGGCGAUGCCCGCUUCACGGACGGGGCCUCCUCGGUGAUCGCCUCCAAGGGCCCGGUGCCGGUGCCGCCCAGUAUGGCGUCCGUGACGUCUGUGGCGGGGGAUCGCUGUUCUGAUUUUUUCAGUGGUAUUCUUGGAGGCGUGGAGAUCUCUGAAACCAAAGCGAUGUGGUUCCCCAUAGUUCUGCAGGCGUUGUCGAAGCACGUGCACCGCUCGGACCACCGCGAGGGCAUGGCGAAGAACGGGCGAACGUUCACGUGGCGACGGAAGACCAAGGCCUCGCCGACGCCACGCCACGCCGUGGACAACGGAGCCGACGGCGGGCUGAGUCCGCAGACCACGUCGCGGCGGGCGCGCUGUGGCCAGGCGCUGCCCGAGUGGUUGCAGGUGGCGCGGUCGCCGCAACGCAUACUGCGGAUGGAGAAGAAAGAUGCCUGCGAACGCUGGCUGAAGAAUGUGAACAGAUUUGUGGAGAAACAAUCCGAGGACGAGGUCGUUGCUUCACCGCGCCUAGCCCCCUUGGCCACCACCGUCCCCGGCCGCCCCUGGCGCCGUUCCAAGACGGCCUCCCGCGGCCGGUCCCCGGGGCGGUACCGGGAAGGGCCGCCGCGAACUGCCCCGCUGCCGAAGGUCACGUUCAAAGGCUCGGAUCCCCUGAAGGAGGCCUGGAUUAGUUGGGAUUUCAUUCAGCACAUGCCCGAGCACAUCGGUUACCUCCUGCGCCGCUCGGGCUCGGAGGAGGAGUUCACUGAGCGCGCGGAGGGCUCCGGGGGAAGCCAGCGGCAGUCGGUGGUGAGCAUUGUGGAGACCGACGCGACGGUUUCAGAGGAGCGGGAUUUGGUUCUGCUGGAUGUGAGGGAAGCAGAUGAGUUCGAGCAAUGUCAUUUGCCGCUGGCCGUCUCCUUUCCCGCGCCCAAGAUCAACAGGGACCAAUUCAUCCCUGAACUGAUGAGAUGCAAACGAGAACCCUCCAAGCUCUUAGUCAUCUAUGGUGCCAACGAACAGGCGACCAUCGGGGUGGCCCGCUUAUUGGUGGAGAAGGCACCAUCCCUGAGCGGCCUCCGACCACCAGUACGGUCCGCUCCGGGCGAGGGCUUCCCAGCUGCGACGCUGAGUGAAGCUGGGAAUUCAAUAGGAUCAAGUGCUAUGGCCAGUGUCCCAAUCGCCCCUGAAAUUUCUCAACGACUGGAAUUCGUUGCGUCGAAAGAGUUUGCUGUUUUCAUGCUUUUUGUUGAUGAAGAAGCCUCCAUCAUCUUGGUAGCCACAGCACCCGGCGAACUGAUGAGUCGCGUGCGAGAAUUGGAAACGGCGCAGAAGAACGAGGAACGCCAGAAGAAGCUGGCUGAGCGCAAGAAAGCCCAGGAGUUGCGAGAGGCCAAGAAGAAGUUGAGCAAAGAAUUGCAGCAGGCCCAGCGACAGUUGACCAAGAGCGAGCAGGAGGUGAACAAGUUGAACGGCCAACUUCAGCGUACAGAGCAGCAAGCGCAGCAAGCAACGGUCAAGAAGAACCGUGAAGGCGAAAAGCACGAGGAAGGCAUUGGUCGCAUCAGGACGAAGCACGGCAAGGUGGGCGGCGUGCUGCGGGAAAAGAUGGCGAACGUGGGCCAGGCGCGCGGACGCUUGGCGCACGUCCAAUUCGCGCUGUCCAUGUUGGAGAAGGGCGUGAUCAUCCAAGUGGGUGAAGACCACAACCUGCCGCAACCCGCCUCCGCCGCGGCGCCGCCACAACGCCGCCGCCGCCGCGUGAGCGUGGGCAUUGGCGAGGACGGCCAACCCAUCGAGGUGGAAGAAGAGUACGAUGAGACCGCCGAGGAGGGCGAUCCGCACACCGAAGGCGAAGAGACGUAUCUCACCGCGGACAUGCGCGAAGAGUUUGAGCAGCUGAAGGAGGAGAACCGCCGCCUGCGCGAACAUCUGGCCGACUCGGAUCAGCGCUGCGUCACGGCGGUGCAGCUGCUCCAACAGGCACAGGAUGUGUUGGAAUCGCGCGGUGGAAUGGACACCUCUGAAUUGAAGCUGCGCAUGGAGGAGAAACCCUUGGAACUCACCAUGGAGACUGCCAGCACCAUGCACAGCAGCCGUGAAGAAAGCUGCCAGCCCUCCCCCACCGCCCCAUUGGAUGCACGCCCUGCCACACAGCCAGCCCUCCAUGUGCAGCCGCCCAAUCUGCCAGCUGCGCCCAUGGGACCCAUGCCGAUGUUGGGUCCGGAUGGCUUGCCAUUGCCCAACUUGUUGGGAGGACAGCGCCCCACUGAGAAGCGCAUCUUCUACGCAGGCUCCACCCUGGGUCCCAAUCGCAUGGUCAGUGGCCCUCCCCUUGCGGGCAUGCCAAACCCCUUUGGCUAUCAGCCCAUGCAGUUGCCACAGGACCACACCAUGCCGCAGCCCUUGGGUGCGACGCUUUUGGCCUCCGCCAGCACCCCGGCCAUUCGACCCAUGAAGAUGCCCUUGGGACAGGAGCCCGUCGCCGUGCCAGCCAUGCGGCAACCAAUGCCGGUGCCGGGGUUUGGUGUUGGGGGAUGGUGGUAA